AUGAAUCCUUAUCGUCAUCAAUGUGAAAAUUAUAACCAAAUGAGUUAUAUAAUUCAUUCACAAGAAACAAACGUUACCGAAUACAAAAAAUUUCGAGAAAAACAAGAGGAUUUGAUUAAAAACCAAAAGCAUUUAGUUUCCCAAUUGUUAGACCCAAAUAUUUCGCCGAGUAACAAUAAUUCUAAUAACUCAUCGUCAUCAAAUAUCAAUAUCUCGUCGUCAUCAAAUAUCAAUUUUUCGUCGUCAUCGAAUAUCAAUAUUUCGUCGUCGUCAAAUAUAAAUACAACGAUGACUCGACAUACACAACCAUCAAAUAUUAUAAAUACUAUUUCAAAUACUAUUUCAAGUAUUAUUCCAAAUACUACAAUGAUGACUCGAUCAUCGAAUUUUCUUGACAAUUUGACAAAUAAUUUGAUAACAAAUGAUAAUUUUACUAUAAAUAAUAAUCUAAUUAAUGAUUCGAAUUACGAAAUCGAACCGAUAAAAGAGAUCGAAUUCUUUUAUUUUAAUAGAAAUUCAUCAUCUCCAUUAAUUCAACAAGAAAAAGAAAAAGAAUGUGCCAUAAUAGCCAUGAAGAGAAGAUUAGAAUGUGGUAAUGACUUAAACGAAGAACGUACAAAGAAAAGUAUUAAAGCAUUAGAAAAUGUAGUUAUUAGUAUGAAAAAACGGUUAAAGAAGGAAGAAAUAUCAAAUGAGGAAAUUGCCAAUCUUGAUGAAAUCGAGAGUUUCAUUAAUAAUACUAAAAUGAUGAUUAAAGAUGAAAAACGUUAA